UCAGUUAUCUUGUUUGUAAAUAAUACAAACAUGUCAAAUUGCAUUUGUGCAUCGAAUUGAUGGACUUACAAUUAUUUAAGAUAAACUUUUACCACAUAGAUAUCUUUGAUAUUCAAAAUGUUGCAUGAGAUUUUAUUAUCACUUUGGGGAUGUUCAACCAGCGUAUCACAAAUGAUAGAAACAGAUUCUAUAGAUCUUGAUAAAUACUUACAUCCUGGGGAAAGGGCAUUGCUCAAUAAAAUAUUAGAUAUUGUGAAGGAAUGCAAUGUCAUACGAAAUUUUAUACAUACAGUGAACAGUGAAGAUGAAAAAGGAUAUGUUGCUUCUGGUCUGUACAUACGUGCUCUGUGUGAUGGAAUGGAUCAGGCAUUGGAACCAUUUCGUGAAGAAAUAAUUGAAUUGGAACGUACAGUCUUAAAUGACAGUCAUACUCCUUUGUCUUUAAUUCUCUGCAAUAUUGAAAAAUACACUUGUUUAUUUUCUCUUUUGCAUUCUAUUAUUCGUGAGAUUCAAACACAAAAACUCCAUGGUUGUAAAUUGUUGCAAUGUCUACAUCAGCGUAUGCAUACUGGCAUACCUGAAAUCAGCUCCACUUUGGAAUUGAUGACUCACUCUGUUCAUAUUGUUUUCUACAAGCAUCUAACAAGCUGGCUCUUGUAUGGACAUCUGGAGGAUGUUUACAGAGAAUUUUUCAUACAGAAAGCAUCAGAUUGUGAAAAAACUUUGGUGCAUGAGGAUAUGAAGAAUGAUAUCGAUAUACGUGAUCAAUUGGUAAAUAGCAAAAAUAUUGGUGUCGAUAUGUGGGAUUAUAAUGUUCAAAUGGACAUGCUUCCAUCCUAUAUAAGGCCAUCGUUGGCAAACAAAAUCUUGACUAUUGGUCAGACUGUUAUUAUGUUUGGAAAUGAUCCCAGGCAAAAAAAAGAUUUCAGCAUGAUGUCUAAAAUGGAGAAUUCCGUAUGGGGCGACAAGGAAUACGAGUAUUUCAGAAAACUUCAGAAUCUGCAAGCGAAAUCCGUUUUCAAUAUCGUCGAAUUUGACCGCACUAUCAACGAAUUAAAACAGUGCGUAACAGAACUUCUGUGGAAUGUUGCCGUCGAAGAGGCACAAUUAAUGCAACAAUUGAGACUUGUAAAGGAGUUCUUCCUGAUGGGUCGCGGUGAUUUAUUCUUGGAAUUUAUCAAGCUUACGGCGCAUAUCUUAAAUAAAGCACCAACAAGUCACACAUCUAGAGACAUCAAUCUCGCAUUUCAAAUAGCACUGAGAAAAAUGCAUUUAAAUGACGAAAGCGCUAUAGAUAGUUUUAAUUUCGUGGUUCCCGUGCCACCUCCUGAAAAUGAAGAUGUGAACACAGAUAUCACUGAUCUUCCUAAUAACGAGAGACAAGAUCCCAAUGAGAAACGUGGAUGGGGUCUUAUCACAUUGAAGUACAAAGUUGUUUGGCCAUUACAUUUGUUAUUUAGCCCAGUUGUAUUAAACGAUUAUAAUAUUUUGUUUCGCUUUCUGUUGAGAGUUAAAAAAACUCAGAUAGAUUUAUGGAAUCUUUGGAGUGAACACAUGCAUCAUAAAAACAUAGAUAUUGGUGUAAUCCAGUUGAGAAAUAAUUUGAUUUUCAUUAUCGAUAACUUACAAUAUUAUCUGCAAGUGGAUGUGUUGGAAAGUCAAUAUGCUGUGAUGGAAGCAAGUAUGAAAAGCACACGAAAUUUCGAGGAUAUACAGAAGGCGCAUUCUGUAUUCUUGGCUAAUGUCAUGUCGCAAACCUUUUUAUUAGGCAAUGAAACACGAAAAAAAAAUUCUGUAAAUAUGUUGAUACAUCUUUUGUUACGACUAUGCGACGAUUUCAUCUUACAAGCGUCCAUGUGGGAAGUUGACAAUUUGCUUCUAACAGAGAAAGAGGAACUCAAAACAUUAUGUGAAACACUCGAUAGUGUGAUGGACUGGUUGACAAAAACAUUAAAUAGAGUACGUGCACAACCCUGUGGAGAACACUUGGCUCGAUUGUUAUUGAGACUCGAUUUCAAUAGAUGGUUCAGUAAAAAAAUCUGAAAGGAUUUGGCAAAUUGAGAAGCUCGCUCGCACAUUCCAAAUGACCUGUACGUGCUGCCCAAUAUAACGGCGUAUUCCCGGCUGCGUCUAAACCAGUCCCCGAUAUACCCUGCUUCAAGUAUUCUCUCAGGAAGGAAACAUUACCA